AUGUCUUGUUCUUACAGUAUUGGCGCUGUGUCUGAUGUAACUGUUGGUGGCGUGAUUGGAACUGGCACCCACAACACUGGCAUUCAGCAUGGCAUUCUGGCUACACAGGUAGUGGCAAUGACAUUGAUGACAGCAGCAGGGAAUACCCUUGAAUGUUCUGACACCGUGAACCAUGAGAUAUUCCAGGCAGCUCGUCUGCAUCUUGGUGCCCUGGGAGUGGUGUUAAAUGUUACCAUCCAGUGUGUACCAGCCUUUAAAACUCAUCUCCAACAAUUCCCAAAAACCCUCACAGAGGUUCUGAAUGAUCUCGACACUCACCUGAAACAGUCUGAGUAUUUCCGUCUGUUUUGGUUCCCUCACACUGAUAAGGUCACAGUUUGCUACGCAGACCGUACGGAUAAGGUAGAGUGA